UGUCACUUCACCUGGCAGCUGGGUGUGGACUCUGCCAGCUCUCUGCACAUCCUGCACAAGGUGGCUGUCGASAUCCAGCACACGCAGCACCAGAACCGGGUGGCCCUGCUGGGGCUCCAGGCGUACCUGCAGCAGCUGAGGAACCAGAGCAAGGAGGCUCUGCAGAGCCUGAGAGAUGCUGAGAAGCACAAUGGGCAGGCGGGAUCUACUGCAGGCUCUGUGACCAUCUACGGGAAYUAUGCUUGGCUUUAUUACCUCCAGGGCUCCUACCAGGAGGCUGAAAAAUACCUGGAACGAGUCCAGCAGCUGUGCCCGACUCCUUGGGAUGCGGGGCUGAUCGCAGACAUCCAGGCACAGAAAGGCUGGUCCCUCCUACUCAUCAGAGUCCGCAACGGGGAGCGGGCCAGAGAGUGCUUCGAGACGGCCUUGAURCUUCAACCAGAGAACACAGCUUUCCGUACUGGGCUUGCAAUGGCUCUUUAUUCCUCCUGGAAUUACUUCCACCAUCCCGAUUUUGCAAGCGAAGCCAUAACCCACAUGCAAAGAAUCGUCCACGAGCAGCCAAASAACUACAGAGCCAAAAUAUAUUUGGCCAGGCUACUUGAACAGAAAGACAAGGACAAAGCAGUUGAUUUGGCUGAAGCAUGUACAGAGAACAGCUCUGACCCUGAGGUCCUCAAAUCAUCAGUUUGGUUCUGGCUGCCGCGGUCUCUGGAGCGAGCGAUGGAGAUCAUUCAGCGAGUCCUGCAGGAGGACCCAGGUUACCACCUUCUCUACCAAACCUUGGCCACGUGCUACAAACAACAAUGGAUUAAAGCAGAUGAGGCAGACAAGRGCAAGAUAGUGGAUGCAGCCAUCAAAGACCUCCAGCAGAUUGUGCAGACACAUCCAGACCUUGACCUCACACCCGUCAAGCUGCAGCUGGCAGAGUUCCUGGGCGCAAAAGGUUUACUGGAAAAGGAAGAGGAGAUCUACAAGGAGCUGCAGAAGCAAAUGGAGACCCUGAGCCUGAGAUGCCGUCAGUCCCUGAACGCCUACUGGGGAAAGCACUUGUUCUACCGGAGGAAAUGCCCAGAGCAGGCAAGAGCCAAGUUCAUGGAUGGGUACAGGCUUUGCCCRGGGACAGAUGAGGGSAGGCACUGUGAGCGCAGACUGAGAAWAAUGGCUCAGGACUACAAGYRCAGAGGGAACACCAAAGCUGCUGAYGACAUCUACCAAUUCCUCGACGAGACCAGGGAGCAGCUGGCUGAGGAGCUCACUGCACUCAGUUUAGAUGCAAACCAGGAGGGGGAUUCCUCCAUGAGAUCACGGGAGUGAUGAUGAGGGUGAAGCCCUUCUGAACAGGACACAGAUGGUCACGGCCCUGUCCAARUGCAUUAAUUGCUGCUGAUUAAGGAGCCCACAGGGGUGAUUUUAUCUGCACUAAUCCUCAGAAGCACACGCACUGGACAUAAAACCUGAGCUUUCUUGCACGGGUUCCCACCAGGAAUGACAUUUUCAUCCCUGUUUCUGGGGCCAAAGUGAGGCUGCUUUUAAUAUUC